UGAAAACUUUUAGUGCGAUCACGGCUUUCCUCUGAUAAAUAGCCAGCGUAGUUUCAUUUCAAGCGCAAAAAUAUUUCCAACUUUUGAUUAACUUUUAUUAAUUAAUAUUUUCAUUAGAAUCUGUUAAAAAGAUAAUCUGAAAGAAAUUUCUGAUUUUGAGCGUUUAAACUUGACCAGAUUGGAUUCAUAAUAUUGGGCUUGAGAGCUUCAUUAAAGACACAGAUAUGAGAAUGGGGAGUUGGUUCACAGGAGCAGUGGUGUGCGUCAUGUUUGCCCAUUCUCUUUCGUACGAGGACAAACAGAAACAUCUCCUUUCUUCGGCGAAUCUCCAAGACAUGGGAUUACCAAACUCUAUCCCAGCAUCUUUUUCCUAUUCUUAUUUCUUGAGUGCUCUCAGUGGUCUCCUGAGGACGACACAGAGGAAAAGAACGGUCACAUUUCUGUCUUCUCAAACAGCAAUGGGAAUGGAUCUGACUGAUUACCUUUGGAAUAAAGCCCACGAAAAACACCGCGCUAUGGUGCUCCAGAGAAUGAUGAAGAACGGAAAAAGAUGAAUGGAUGGUAACUACAAGAAGAAAAAUAGAUGGAAGUAGUCUUCAAUUUAAAGAAUUCAAGAAAUGAAAUGAACAUCUGUCUGAGAAGAAUAAACUUAAUAUAAAAAAUUCUUACU